UCCCAGCAAAUUCUCAGAGAUCGGCGGCAAUUAAAGCGCUUCGGUCACAAUCAAUUCCUACAAGGACAAAAUGAGAGUAGUACUUCACCUAAUCCCACUCCUAUUCCUCUUUCCCGCCUUUUUUCCUUCUCUCUCCCAAACCACCUGUUCAGCUCAGCACACCACCACCGCCAACGACGACGACUCCUCCGUCGUAUUCCAGCUCCACCAAUUCAAGCUCAGAAUCGCUGAUUUAGAAUCGGUUCUCGCGGAGAGCGUUCGGAAUCUGAAUGAGAGAGUCGAUCAAAUCCAACAGCGCGAGAAGCGGAUUGACGACAUGUCGCAGAAGAUCCACCGUUUGCAGUCUGUUCUAUCCUCUCUCAAGGAAGACUCAUUGCUUGCUGAUGAAAGACUCAAUGCUCUAGAACAAGAGGUACGGCGUCUGUGGGCGGUUUUGAGGAAGAACAAUUUCGAUAUUCAUGUUUUGGAGUCUAAAGCGCAAGAUGCUGAGGACAGGCUUGAAAGUGUUACCUCUCAGGCUGAGAAGAUGAAUGACAUGGUUACCGAGCAAUGGAUUCAAUUACAGCGACUCCAGCAGGCGCUUCAUAUUCAACAAGCGAGGACUUUGAGGGUUCAAAGGCAAGUAAGCUAUACAAGAUGUACAUUCUUGAAGUUCUUCAACAACCUUCUUGAUGACCAUUUGCUGAAGGUGCUUGGGUCUAACUUGAGAUCUGUUUUCUCAAGAACCCUGCAUCAGUUGAAUAGAAUCUUUUUAGCAUUUAAGAGGUCUCACCAUCAGUUACAACAUUCCAUCAAAGAGACAUUGGAGAAGAAUGGAUUUACUGCAGCUCUUGCCAAUGAGGAAUUGAUUUUUUAUCUGGCUACUGCCCUCAUCAUCUUGCCCAUAAUGUUGGCCUGGAUGUUUCUCUCCUCAAAAUUCCAAGCUACUUGCUCUCUUGACGUGACCUAUAUGCAGUCACAGACCUACACAAGUAAUACUGAAUGAACACAAAUACUCCUGAAUUCCAUUAGAUGCUAACAGAUAUCUUGGUUCAAGUGAUGAGAUCAAUGACCUUACUUUUACAAAUAUCAUAUGUCAGAUUCUCGUUGUAUAAUAGACUAGAUAGAUUCCUGAU